AUGGCGCAAAGGUACGACGAGCUGCCCCACUACGGCGGCAUGGAGGGGGUGGGCAUCCCCACCACCAUGUACGGGGACCCCCACGGCGCCCGCCCCAUGCAGCCCGUCCACCACCUCAACCACGGGCCGCCGCUCCACUCGCACCAGUACCCGCACGCUGCCCACGCCAACGCCAUGCCCCCCGCCAUGGGCGCCUCCGUCAACGACGCCCUCAAGAGAGAUAAAGAUGCCAUCUACGGACACCCCCUGUUCCCUCUUUUAGCACUGAUUUUUGAGAAAUGUGAAUUAGCUACAUGCACACCCAGGGAGCCCGGGGUAGCGGGAGGCGAUGUUUGCUCCUCGGAGUCUUUCAAUGAAGACAUAGCAGUGUUCGCCAAACAGAUCCGAGCAGAGAAACCCCUCUUCUCCUCUAAUCCUGAACUGGAUAACUUGAUGAUUCAAGCCAUACAAGUAUUAAGGUUUCAUCUGUUGGAAUUAGAGAAGGUACACGAAUUAUGUGACAAUUUCUGCCACCGGUAUAUUAGCUGUUUGAAAGGAAAAAUGCCUAUCGAUUUGGUCAUAGACGAUAGAGAGGGCGGAUCAAAAUCGGACAGUGAAGACAUAACAAGAUCAGCAAAUCUCACAGAUCAGAAUCCCUCCUGGAACAGAGACCACGAUGACACGGCGUCGACGCGCUCCGGGGGAACCCCCGGGCCUUCCAGCGGGGGACACACAUCGCACAGCGGGGACAACAGCAGUGAGCAAGGUGACGGCUUGGACAACAGUGUAGCUUCCCCCAGCACAGGUGAUGAUGAUGAUCCAGAUAAGGACAAAAAGCGACAUAAAAAGCGUGGCAUCUUUCCCAAAGUAGCCACAAAUAUCAUGAGGGCAUGGCUGUUCCAGCAUCUAACACACCCUUACCCUUCAGAAGAACAGAAAAAGCAGUUGGCACAAGACACAGGGCUCACUAUACUUCAAGUGAACAAUUGGUUUAUUAAUGCUAGAAGAAGAAUAGUUCAGCCCAUGAUAGACCAGUCCAAUCGAGCAGGCAAAGCACUGUUCUGCGCUUUUCCAGUAAGUCAAGGAACACCCUAUAACCCCGACGGGCAGCCGAUGGGAGGUUUCGUGAUGGAUGGCCAGCAGCACAUGGGCAUCCGAGCGCCAGGGCUGCAAAGUGUGCCAGGGGACUAUGUGUCUCGGGGUAGUCCAAUGGGUAUGAACAUGGGACAGCCAAGCUAUACCCCGCCCCAGAUGCCCCCCCAUCCCGCUCAGCUGCGUCACGGCCCCCCCAUGCAUACCUACAUUCCUGGACACCCUCACCACCCAGCGAUGAUGAUGCAUGGAGGACCACCCCACCCUGGAAUGCCCAUGUCAGCAUCAAGCCCCACAAUGCUUCAUACCGGCGAGCCGGCAGCGAGCGGACAAGUGAUGGACAUUCAUGCUCAGUAGCUUAAGGGAAAUACGCGUUGUCUGCAGCGACGGUAGAUUUCAAACAUUGUCUUUCUGCAAUGACUAUGGAGUUCUUGGCGUCAACUUUGGACCAAGGGACGUUCCGAUUCUUCACAGGGACCCUGAAAAGCAGGAAAACACCAACCGAAGUCAACUUCUGGGGACAUGCUAAAUACCUAUAUAAGACAUUAAGAGAACAAAGAGUGAAAUAUUGUAAAAUGCUAUUAUACUGUUAUCCAUAUUACGUUGUUUCUUAUAGAUUUUUUAAAAAAAAUGUGAAAUUUUUCCACACUAUGUGUGUUGUUUCCAUAGCUCUUCACUUCCUCCAGAAGCCUCCUUACAUUAAAAAAAAGAAGCCUUACACUUUUCCUGCAAAUGACAGAAAGGGCUUAUUUGCAGGAUUUUUAGAGCAUUAGAAUAACUAUGUCAGGCAGAAGAAUCUUUUCUUCUAUCCUAGGAUUUCAGCCAUGCACACUCUCUCUCUCCCCCCCUCUCUCCUCCUCUCUGGCUGUCUGUCUUUCUUCCCUUUCUCUCCCUUUCUGUCUCUCUCCCCCUCUCUCUUUCUAGCCUGGGGCGUGAAUUUGCAUGUCUAAUUCAUUUACUCACCAUAUUUGAAUUGGCCUGAACAGAUGUAAAUCGGGAAGGAUGGGAAAAACUGCAGUCAUCAACAAUGAUUAAUCAGCUGUUGCAGGCAGUGUCUUAAGGAGACUGGUAGGAGGAAGCAUGGAAACGGAAAGGCAGUGUAUUUGAAGCCUAAUUGUCACGUCAGAGCAUCCUUGUCCCCACGCAGCAACCACCACCUUGUACAUCACUUCCUGGUUUAUGCAGCUCGAAACAUGGACUGAAGAUUUAUUUUUAAUAUGUUGACUUUCUUUCUGGGCAAGACAUCGGUCAUGUGUGCUUUCUUUUUUUUUUUUUUCUUUUUUUUUUUUUCUUCCCGUAGUCCCAUCAUGGAGCAUUUAUGUAUACAUUGUAAAUAAAUUUUGUGCAAAAAGGACUGGAAAAAUGAUCUGUAUUAUUGCAAUUUUUUGUAAAAGUAGCAGUUUGGUAUGAGUUGGCAUGCAUACAGAUUUACUAAGUGGGAUAAGCUAAUUAUACUUUUGUUGUGGUUAAACAAAUGCUUGUUGAUAGCCUUUUUCUAUCAAGAAACCAAGGAGCUAAUUAUUAUUAAUAAUAAUCAUUGCACACUGAGUCUUAGAGUUUCUGAUUGAAACAGUUUGGAUUGUAUAAUAACUCAAAGCCCAGUUGUAGUAGUUUGAGUGCAGUAAUGAAAUCUGAAUCUAAAAUAAAAACAAAUUAUUUUUUGUCA